UUCUCUAUACCCCUUGGUCACCAUGGUUACCCCUCCUUCCUCUUCCUAUCCUUGUGUUACCUCAUCAAACCCCUGACCUUAUCCGGGUGUGGGUGUCCUGUUUGUAUUGCUGUGGGGAGUCUGUUACAAUGUUACAUAAUGUGGAGGAAUGGAGGAGAGGAAAGUGUGUGUGUGUGUGUGUGUGUGUGUGUGUGUGUGUGUGUGUGUGUGUGUGUGUGUGUGUGUGUGUGUGUGUGUGUGUGUGUGUGUGUGUGUGUGUGUGUGCGUGUGUGUGUGUGGAACGAAAGCCUGCUGGGAAGUGGAGCCUGAAAGCUGGACCAGUGUGUGAAUCAGAGGGUGUAUUUUGGUCACUGAGCAAAAUCACGGGUUUGCACCACAUAAGCACUCAAUAUACACUGAGUGUACAAAACAUUAGGAUCACCGUCCAAAUAUUGAGUUGCACUCCCUUUUGCCCUCAGAACAACCUCAAUUUGGGCCUCCCGAGUGGCGAACUGGUCUAAGGCACUGUAUCACAGUGUUUGAGGCGUCACUACAGAACCAGGUUCGAUCCCAGGCGGUGUCACAUCCAGUCGUGACCAGGAGAACCAUCAAGCGAUGCACAAUUGGCCCAGCGUCGUCCAGGUUAGGGGAGGGUUUGGCCGGCAGGGAUUUCCUUUCGCGCUUUAGAGACUCCUUGUGGUGGGCUGAGCACCAGCAAGCUGACUUCGGUUGCCUACUGGAUGGUGUUUCCUCCGACGCAUUGGUGGGGCUGGCGUCCGGGUUAAGCGAGCAGUGUGUCAAGAAGCAGUGAUGCUUGGCAGGGUCAUGUUUCGGAGGACGCAUGGCUCUCAACCUUCGGCUCUCCCGAUGAGUGAUGAGACAAGACUGUAACUACCAAUUGGAUAUCACCACAUUAGGGGGUAGAAGUUCAAAAAAGAAAUUAAUAAAUAAAAAAAGAACAGCUUCAAUUCAUCGAGGCAUGGCUACAAGCUGUUGAAAGUGAUGCUGUUGACUCAAAUGCUUCCCACAGUUGUGUCAAGUUGACUGGAUGUUCUUUGGGUGGGGGACCAUUCUUUAUACAAAUGGGAAACUGUUGAGCUUGAAAAACCCAGCAUGGUUACAGUUCUUGACACACUCAAACCGGUGUGCCUGGCACCUACUACCAUACCCCGUUCAAAGUCACUUAAAUCCAUGUCUCAAUUGUCUCAAGGCUUAAAAAUAAUUUUUAACCUGUCUUCUCCUCUUCAUUUAUACUGAUUGAAGUGGAUUUAAAUGGUGACAUCAAUAAGGAUCAUAGCUUUCACCUGGAGUCACCUGACCAGUCUGUCUUCGAAAGAGCAGGUUUACUUAAUGUUUUGAACACUCAGUGUUUGCUCCUCUUUCUCCUAUCUUCUCUUAUCGGCUCCUAUUGUCUCCUAUCGACUCCUAUAUUCUCUUUACGACUCAUAUCGACUCUUAUAUUCUCUUAAUGACUCCUAUCGACUCCAACAUUCUCUUAACAACUCCUAAUCUCUCUUCUGUAUUGCAGACUCUAUUGAAAUAAUACAAUAACAUAAUGUCUGUUUACCUUUUUCAUAAUGACACACACUACAGUAUACACACACACACCCACAGUACACGCACACACUACAGUACUGGUAAGUGCACGAGGGGCCUUCAUACGGCCUGUAUCAGUUUAUGUAGAUGACACAAAACAUGUAAGCGGUGCGAGUGAACAUCCUUGUCCAAUCCCUCCAAUCAAGAGUGUGCUGAGACCAAAUGUGUUGUUAAACGAAUUCAACACUUCUAUCAGGUGAGAAAUCUCAAGUGCUUCAGUUACCUCAGGUGCAUCUCAAUAGUAUAAUGUGGCUUCCUCUUCGUCUCGUCUCCAUCAGCUACAUAAGAUAGAGUGGGUGAAUGCACACGGUGGAUUCCUACCAGGGAGUUACUUUCUGCUGUUAUGUGUUUUCACAUCAGUGCAAAGGAAAGGAGAGGACACUGCUUUAAACUGAUGAUAUGCACCGCUGGUCUUGGGUCGCUAGCGUACCUGUAGACGUCCAGUCAUUGCACUAACGCUAGUUAGCAUUGGCUCGCGAAACUGCCUCCAACUUCCUUCAUACUGCAAGCAGACAUAAAAACGCAGACACAAAAUGAAUUGCCAGAAUGGUAUAGUAUCCCUUUAAAUACAACACACUCUUAACCUUCCCCAUACUGUAUGUGCUCUCACUUAUCUGAUCUGAUUUUAAGUGCACACAGGUCCUUCUGGGGGAAGAGAGUGUUACGGACGCCGUCGUCCCAGAGGCACAUUGACCCACUGCUGAACCAGUCACCUGGAUGGAAGGUACAUCGGAUGAAACGGUCACCUUGAUGGAAGGAAUGUCAGAGGAAACGGUCACCUUGAUGGAAGUAAUGUGAGAGGAACGAUCACCUUGAUGGAAGUAAUGUGAGAGGAACGAUCACCUUGAUGGAAGUAAUGUGAGAGGAACGAUCACCUUGAUGGAAGGAACGUCGGAGGAAAUGGUCACCUUGAUGGAAGGAACGUCUGAGGAAACGGACACCUGGAUGGAAGGAACGUCUGAGGAAACGGACACCUGGAUGGAAGGAACGUCUGAGGAAACGGACACCUGGAUGGAAGGAACGUCUGAGGAAACGGACACCUGGAUGGAAGGAACGUCUGAGGAAACGGACACCUGGAUGGAAGGAACGUCUGAGGAAACGGACACCUGGAUGGAAGGAACGUCUGAGGAAACGGACACCUGGAUGGAAGGAACGUCUGAGGAAACGGACACCUGGAUGGAAGGAACGUCUGAGGAAACGGACACCUGGAUGGAAGGAACGUCUGAGGAAAUAUUGUCGGGAGAUGCAGCGGUGAAGUACAAGGAGGUUUAUGAGAAAUCCAAAGGUCCAGAACCUCUUCAUCCCUGAUGUAGAGUUGCAGCAUUCCAAGAACAUCCUCGCUUUCAUCUCUGAGUUCAAGUACAAAGGUGAGAAAGUCUCCUCUGGUUCGGCUUACUCUCAACUCCCUGAGACGAUGGAGACAGAGAGAGCUCAAGAGCUCACAGAGACGCAGAGCAAGUACAAAGAGAGCGGGAAGAAAAAUAUCUCCCAUCCGGUCUAGCUGAUACCAUGGAUACCCAAUCUGUCAGAAAUGUGUCUGAACUGCAAAGUCAGGUGAAAAGAGCAGCAGACGAAGUACAAGAAGGCAGUGAAGAAGAAGGCAAGGUCUCUCUACUCUGUGAUGCAAAAGACUCUGGAGACCCAACAUGCCAAGCGGUCUCCCAGCUCCAGAGCCAGGCCAAGUACAAGGAGGCAGGGAAGCAGCGGUUCUCCACUCCUCUCUACUCAAAGCUUCCAGAGACUUUGGAGACUCAGCACGCCAAAGAGGCCUCCCAGCUACAGAGCGUGGUGGCCUAUAGGAGUAAAACGAAGCAUUACAUCUACAAUGAUGUCCUGGGAAGGUUUGAUAUCGAGCAUGCCAAUGUGGCCUCCAAACUCACUAGCCAGUGUCAGUACACUUGGGACUCAAAGCUGCUGAAAAGCCUGAUGUCUUCUGUCACCGACACUCCGGAAAUCAUCUUCACCAGGGAGAACAAAGGAAAUCAGUGACAUAAGAUGUGAUCCAUUGUUCUACACAACCAUGUACCGUACAUGUAGUCGUUGGGCUGGAUGAACUCCAGUAUGUUGCUGUGAGGGUAUUGUUCAGCCUCUAGCAGAAAAGGCUGUACCUAAAUCUAUUUACUUAUUUUUCUUAUCGUAACAAGGUCUUCAACUAUCAACAAGAGGAUGAGUGAUGGUGUCAAUUUUUACAAUGAGCACGUAAACAGGGCCACUGUAAUAUUGUGUGACGGCUCUGUUCCAUGUCCAGGUGAAAUACAGAGACGGGCUGGGGAGCGAGACGGUAGUCAUGGAAACUGUUGACAUGGAGAGGGUCCGCAGAAACCAGGAGAACAUCAGCUUGGUGAGAAGUUAAACCUUGUCUGACCUUUGACCUCACAGGAAGAGCUUGUUUUGAAAACAGGCCUCUUUGUUGUGUCUGCCUGUCCCUUUUCAUCUGGGUUUGUUUGGAUUUUCUACAGCUUCAAUGGUGCUAACUAAAAAUCACAAACCGCAGACACACUGAACAACCAUUCAAUCAAAUCCUGGGUUGUUAUUUAACAAUUCAACAUUUUAAUUCACUCCAUUCCAUGUAAACUCCUGAAAGAUACAAGCCCACAAUGAUUUUUGUACACUAAUUUGGUCUGAAACUCUGUCCUGUCCUGCCUGACACAGACAGCCGUUCACACUGGCCCUGGUCCAGUCUAAGUCAUUACAGCCAUUAGUGGACCCUGCUGAACAAUCCCCCAUUGAGGGAGUGGAGCAGACUGAAGGGACACGGGGGCCCAGCCUAGCAGCCCAGGCAGAAUCUCUGGCGCCAUGGUGACUGAACCGGGACACUGUUUUCACCCAGAUGCCAAUCACUAAUGAUACCCAGCAAGCUAAAUUUCUCAUGGGACGUCAUAAUGAUGUCAUUUUCUGUUUGCAAACUGGUUUUCUGGUUGCAGAGACGGAUAAACUCUGAGUUGUGAAUGUUUUAAUGUUGUGUGAAUAUUGUGUCCACAGGUGAAGCAUAAAAAGCAGCUCCAGACCCCCAGUGUGGGAGUCACCUCAGAGUUGGAGAGAGUCAGUCAGAACCAGGAGAACAUCAGCUCAGCAAGUCACAUAGGAUGCAUCUUAAAUGGCAACCUACAGUAUAUGUUAGCUCUGACCAAAAGUACUACCACUACUAUGUAGUGGAAAUGGCCUUGGUGGGAGUGUGCUAGUCAGUAUGACCACCAAUUACUUUUGAGCUAUUUUAGAUUAUUGAGAUGCAACCCGACCUACUUUUGUGCGUUGCAGGUGAAGUACCAGCGCGGGAUGAAGGAGAUGAAGGGGCGGUCCUGCGGCGAGUUGGACACGCCCGGACUGAGUAGUGUCAGGGAGUCACAGAACGACAUCUAACACAACUGAAGCGCACCACAUGUGGGACUGCUGCACUUUUAACCCACACAGCUAAAGCGUUAACAGCAUGGCUGUUUCCUUGUUAUGAGGGAGCCAUAAUGAAUGUACUGUACUGUGUCUGUGAGCGUGUCUGUGUGCGUUACUAAUAAAGUGAUUUUUACAUGGUUUCUUGUGAUGAAUUGUUUUGCAUACUGACCAAAAUACACCCGUUGCUCUCUGACCAACAUGCACAAAGGGGGUGUGUGUGUGUGUGUGUGUGUGUGUGUGUGUGUGUGUGUGUGUGUGUGUGUGUGUGUGUGUGUGUGUGUGUGUGUGUGUGUGUGUGUGUGUGUGUGUGUGUGUGUGUGUGUGUGUGUGUGUGUGUGUGUGUGCUUGACAGCCGAUUUGCCUGGUGUAACACAAUUUCACAAAUGUGUAAAUGUACAUAAAUAAUGUUCCUCUCAUUAAGCUGCCACACACAACUCUUGAGUUGUUAUCGCGAUGCUGAAAGUGUACCACCCAUUUUUGC